CUUCGAUUAGAACUAGCGAUCUCCCCUGGAGUGAUCCCCACCGGUAUAAGCGUAGUAUCUGCUUCUGGCUAAUUCAUGCUCAUCCCCACCGACAUAGGAAUUUCCCAAUGCUUAUCCAAACAUUAUCUCCGCCUUAGCCUCCAAUAGAUCAAAAUGACCUUAAGGUGUCCAACUAGCUAAGAACCCUUGUCAACUACCUGCCCUUCUGCCAAAGCCUCAAACCAACUCAAACAUACACCGCAGCACAACAUGGGCGACUACACAGCAGAAAUUGAACAGAUUUAUGCUGGCCUAACCGACCAGCCUCCUCAUACCGAGGAGCAGAAAGUGAUGGCCAAGAAGAUCAUCGAACUUCAUUUAGCGACCUUCAAAUACUAUGACUACAAGAGAACAUUCGAGCUCGUUGAUGAGAACUACAAACAGCAUAGCCAGAUGGUCUCAGACGGCCGCGACUCUAUCAUUGAGGCAUCCAAGGUUCUGAAGUCAAUCGCCGCAAAACACCGGACGGGUCCGGGAGAACCGCACUUCAACAUGAUGUUCAAAAGGAUACUGGUUGAUGGAGACUACAUUGUGGCCCAGAUCUUUUCUGAGCGUUGGCCUGGAGACGCGGGCGAGCAUGUCUUUGACCUUUAUCGAUGGAAGAACGGCAGGGUUGUAGAGCAUUGGGAUGUUAUUCAGCAGGUUGAUGCGGCAAAUAUUAAACAUGGUAACUCUGCUGCUUAGCUCUAGUGUAUCAGAUACUAGGAGUGUGUCAAAGCCGGAGGGUUUAUGGAUGUAUAUA